AUGUCAUCUUCAAACUUCUUACUUUUCUCACUAGCUCUACUAAUCCUCACACUCUCCCCCAUACCAAAUUUUGCUUCUUCUUCUUUAGAGGAAGCCAAUGCUCUUCUUAAAUGGAAAAAAAGCCUUCAAAUCCCAAACAAUUCCUUGGUUUCUUCAUGGAUUUCCCUCCCUUUGAAUUCUAGUGCAUUAAUUCCAUGCACUUCUUGGUUUGGAGUAGUUUGCAAUGCUGAUGGGAGCACUCAGAGGCUAAACCUCAGUUCAUGUGGCUUAAACGGUACACUCCACCAAUUUCCAUUCUCUUUGCUACACAAUCUUACAUAUCUUGAUCUCACUAUAAACAACUUCUUUGGCCCCAUCCCACCAGAAAUCCGACUCCUCUCCAAACUUGUAUAUCUUGAUUUUUCAGUGAAUAAGUUUUCUGGAGUAAUCCCACCUGAAAUAGGAAACCUGCGCCAGUUAACCAUCUUACGCAAAUAUUCAAACAAUAUAUCUGGCACAAUUCCUUCAUCAUUGGGUGAUUUGACAUCUUUGAAUGUCCUUUAUUUGUUCCGAAAUCAACUCUCUGGUCCCAUUCCUAUUGAACUUGGGAAUUUGAAGUCUCUCACUGAUCUUGAGGUGAGCAACAAUCUGCUUAAUGGUUCCAUUCCUUCAUCAUUGGGUGAUUUGACAUCUUUGAAUAUCCUUUAUUUUCACCACAAUCAACUCUCUGGUCCCAUUCCUAAUGAACUUGGGAAUUUGAAGUCGCUCACUGAUCUUCAGGUGAGCAACAAUCUGCUUAAUGGUUCCAUUCCUUCAUCAUUGGGUGAUUUGACAUCUUUGAAUGUCCUUUAUUUGCACCACAAUCAACUCUCUGGUCCCAUUCCUAUUGAACUUGGGAAUUUGAAGUCUCUCACUGAUCUUGUGGUGAGCAACAAUCUGCUUAAUGGUUCCAUUCCUUCGUCAUUGGGUGAUUUGACAUCUUUGAAUGUCCUUUAUUUGCACCACAAUCAACUCUCUGGUCCCAUUCCUAUUGAACUUGGGAAUUUGAAGUCUCUUACUGAUCUUGUGGUGAGCAACAAUCUGCUUAAUGGUUCCAUUCCUUCGUCAUUGGGUGAUUUGACAUCUUUGAAUGUCCUUUAUUUGCACCACAAUCAACUCUCUGGUCCCAUUCCUAUUGAACUUGGGAAUUUGAAGUCUCUCACUGAUCUUGUGGUGAGCAACAAUCUGCUUAAUGGUUCCAUUCCUUCGUCAUUUGGUGAUUUGACAUCUUUGAAUGUCCUUUAUUUGCACCACAAUCAACUCUCUGGUCCCAUUCCUAUUGAACUUGGGAAUUUGAAGUCUCUCACUGAUCUUGUGGUGAGCAACAAUCUGCUUAAUGGUUCCAUUCCUUCAUCAUUGGGUGAUUUGACAUAUUUGAAUGCCCUUUAUUUGCAUCACAAUCAACUCUCUGGUCUCAUUCCUAUUGAACUUGGGAAUUUGAAGUCUCUAAUUGAUAUUGAGGUGAGCAACAAUCUGCUUAAUGGUUCCAUUCCUUCAUCAUUAGGUGAUUUGACAUCUUUAAAUGUCCUUUAUUUAGACGAAAAUCAACUCUCUGGUCCCAUUCCUAUUGAACUUGGUAAUUUGAAGUCUCUCACUGAUCUUUUGGUGAGCAACAACCAGCUUAAUGGUUCCAUUCCUUCAUCAUUGGGUGAUUUGACAUCUUUGAAUGUCCUUCAUUUGCACAAAAAUCAACUCUCUGGUCCCAUUCCAAUUGAGCUUGGAAAUUUGAGUUCUCUCACUAAGCUAGCCAUGUACAAGAAUCAACUUAAUGGUUCUAUUCCUUCAUCAUUGGGUGAUUUAACAUAUCUGAGUGUCCUUUAUUUGUACAAAAAUCAACUCUCUGGUCUCAUUCCUAUUGAACUUGGGAAUUUGAAGUCUCUAACUGAUCUUGAGGUGAGCAACAAUCUGCUUAAUGGUUCCAUUCCUUCAACAUUGGGUGAUUUGACAUCUUUAAAUGUCCUUUAUUUCGACGAAAAUCAACUCUCUGGUCCCAUUCCUAUUGAACUUGGGAAUUUGAAGUCUCUCACUGAUCUUGCGGUGAGCAACAAUCAGCUUAAUGGUUCCAUUCCUUCAUCAUUUGGUGAUUUGACAUCUUUGAAUGUCCUUUAUUUGCACCACAAUCAACUCUCUGGUCCCAUUCCUAUUGAACUUGGGAAUUUGAAGUCUCUCACUGAUCUUCAGGUGAGCAACAAUCAACUUAAUUGUUCCAUUCCUUCAUCAUUGGGUGAUUUGACAUCCUUAAAUGUCCUUUAUUUAGACGAAAAUCAACUUUGUGGUCCCAUUCCUAUUGAACUUGGGAAUUUGAAGUCUCUCACUAAGCUUGGUCUGAGUUACAAUCAACUUAGUGGUUCUAUUCCUUCAUCAUUGGGUGAUUUGAUAUCUUUAAAUGCCCUUUAUUUGAACGAAAAUCAACUCUUUGGUCCUAUUCCUAUUGAACUUGGGAAUUUGAACUCUCUCAUUCAUCUUCAAGUUAGAGGGAAUCAGCUUAGUGGUUCCAUUCCUUCAUCAUUGGGUGAUUUGACAUCUUUAAAUGUCCUUUAUUUCGACGAAAAUCAACUCUCUGGUCCCAUUCCUAUUGAACUUGGGAAUUUGAAGUCUCUCACUAAUCUUUGUUUGAGUUACAAUCAACUUAGUGGUGCCAUUCCUUCAUCACUAGGAAACCUCAGCAAGCUACAGACUCUAUCCCUUCACACAAAUCAACUUAGUGGUGCCAUUCCUUCAUCACUAGGAAACCUCAGCAAGCUACAGACUCUGUACCUUCACACAAAUAAACUAUUUGGUUCGAUUCCACUAGGAUUGGGAAGUCUAGAGACACUUGAGCUGUCAAAUAAUCAUUUUUGUGGCCAUUUACCAGAAGAUUUGUGCCAUGGGGGAAAGCUUCAAAAGUUCACAAUAAAUGCUAAUCAUCUCACUGGGCCUAUUUCAAGAGGCUUACAGAAUUGUUCCAGCUUAAUUAGGGCUCGUUUUGAUCAAAAUCAAUUCAUUGGAGAUAUAUCCAAUAGCCUUGGCAUCUAUCCACGCUUAAAAUAUCUAGAUAUCAGUCACAAUAAUUUUCAUGGGCAGCUUUCUCAAAACUGGAGUCAAUGCAAGAAUUUGGCAACCUUAGUGAUGGCCAAUAACAAUAUCAGUGGUAGCAUACCACCAGAGUUUGCACAUUCAACUCAAUUCCAAAGGCUUGAUCUUUCAUCCAACCAGUUGGUCGGUGAAAUCCCAAAGGAGUUUGGGAAGAUGAAAAGAAUGCUGAAUUUAUCCUUGGCUAAUAACCAACUUUCAGGUAUUAUACCUCCACAACUCGGAUCUUUAGAACUCCUUGAAGUACUCGAUCUAUCUACAAAUAGAUUGAAUGGGUCAAUACCAAGAAGUAUUAGUCAAUGGGAAUAUAUCCACUACUUGAAUCUUAGUAAUAACAUGCUCGGUGAAAAAAUUUCAUCUGAAAUUGGCAAAUUAUUUCAACUUACAGAAGUUGAUUUAUCUCAGAAUUGGCUCACAGAAGUGAUACCAUCUGAAGUUCAAAGUUUGAAAAAUCUACAAAAGUUGAAUCUUUCUCACAAUAGACUAUUUGGUUCUAUUCCUAACGGUUUUACAAGUUUGCCUAGUGGGAUUGACAUCGACCUGUCCAACAAUGAGCUCACAGGUCCAGUUCCCCUUUGCUCCAACUUUGUGAACGCGUCCUUACAAGGCAAUCCAGGUUUGUGUGGAAAUUUUACAGGACUAGAAUUGUGUGCAAGUCAAAUCCUGAAGAAGAAAAAUGAUCCCUUUCAUCAUCGGCUCAUCCUGACAUUCUCCACAGAAACCAUUGGACAAGAAGGUGGUGAUUAUUUCUCCAUAAUAAGUUUUGAUGGAGGAGUAGUGUAUGAUGAUAUCUUGAAAGCAACGGACAAUUUUCAUGAAGCAUAUGCUAUUGGGACCGGAGGAUAUAGGACUGUGUACAAAGCCGAGCUACAACCUAAAAAUGUGGUAGCAGUCAAGAAACUUCACUCAUCAUCUGAGAAUGUUGAUCAUAAUGGAUUCCUUAAUGAGGUACGAGCAUUAACGAACAUAAGGCAUCGAAACAUAGUGAAACUUUAUGGAUAUUGCUCACAUGCCUGCCACUCAUUUUUGAUUUAUGAGUACCUUGAAAAGGGAAGCCUUGGAUCAAUCUUAAGAAGUGAUGUCUUAGCAAAAGAAUUGGAUUGGUUGAAAAGGGUCAAUAUUGUAAAGGCUACAGCUAAUGGUUUAGCUUAUAUGCAUCACGACUACUCGCCUUCUAUAAUUCAUAGAUACAUUUCCAUUGCCAACAUCCUUCUUGAUUCUGAUUAUGAGGCACAUAUUUCUGAUUUUGGCACAUCCAAGCUUUUAAAGCUAGACUCAUCCAAUUGGACCGCAAUUGCUGGGACCUAUGGUUAUAUCGCACCAGAGCUUGCUUAUACGAUGGUGGCAACCGAGAAAUGUGAUGUGUAUAGCUUUGGGAUUGUUGCACUAGAAGUGAUCAUGGGAAAGCAUCCCGGUGAACUACCAACGUUGUCUGUUGAUUAUCUGGUGUUAGCAAAUGUAGGAGAUAGUCGGAUUCCACUUCCGUCACCACAAGUUGAGAAACAAGUAAAUUUAGUACUUAAUAUCGCAACAGCAUGUUUGAACUCAAAUCCAAAAGAAAGGCCAACAAUGCGCCAAGUUUCAAAUCUCUUCAUGAAGGAUCUGCUUUGAAUUGACAUCUCUGGUUGCCUGAUACUGUGUACUUCCAAUGUGUAAUUUUCUUGAGUUUCCUAUGAUGCAUCUAGAUUAUAUGUAUUAGUUUGAUUUCCUAAUGGUUAAAAAACUUUUCAUAUGUUUUAUAGCACCAUGUAGUAUAACUAUAAUUGUGUAUGUGAUCGUUUUUGAGCAAAGAGUAUAUGAAUAAUUGCAUCAAAA